AUGGAAAACGUAUUAUUACAUUCUUUUGCAAAAAAAUUUACAUCUAGUUUGAGAUUGCAGUUGGCAAUUUUCACAGUUGUAGCAUGGGCAGUUGCAUUAAGUAUUGAUCGUACCUAUGUCGAAAGUUAUAGAGUAAAGGCUGAUGAUUUCUUUGCCAAGAUACCACCAAUGGCCGAGGUCAUGGUCAGAACAUCUGGCCAAAAAGCUGCCAUCAUUGUACUAGCUAUUCUCGAAACCUCUAUAUUUGGAUUUGGUGUUGCCUUUCUCAUAUGUGCCGGCUCUAGAGUAUUCAAAAUAUCAAAUGGUCUUUUGCGUAAACGUAUGAUUGGAUCUUGGAUUGCAAUUGGCUUCUUUUGUAUUUCAUGGUGGCCACAUUCGACUGCUCAUAGUUUAAUUAUGACUAGUUCACUUGACCCAUAUGACAAUUAUAUUAUUAUGGAAGUUUGUUUCCAUUGGACUAUUAUGUAUUUAAUUAGAUUAAUGUAUGAAGUAGCAAUGAUGAGACAAAAGAUGAAUAAAGGUAAAGAGAAUGAUCCAUUAACUGGUCCAUGGUAUAAAAACUUUAUCAAUCAUUCUUAUGUUAUCUUUGCACUUGGGUUUGCCGGUGGUAUGGUACUAAUGUUUAAAUUAUCACCAAUUCCAUAUGAAAAGUUGGAAGGUUAUCAAGUAUUCUUUUAUGUUACUUUCAAGAUUGUUGACAGUCUUUUGUUGGGAUUAGGAUUUUCAUUUGCCUAUGUUAUGAUUAGAAUUAUUUAUUAUUUACCUUCGAAUCGUGGUAGAAGGGUUGCCAUUAUCUCAAGUGUUUGUAUCUGGUUCAAUUAUGCUAUUCAAGUCCCACAUCCAAUUAUUCACGGUAAACUACCAGUUGCAAUGAUCAAUGUUAUUGCAGUCGAUUAUGGUGUACAUAUUCCAAUUAUUAUUACUACCGGUAUCUUGGCAUUCUAUCAAUUUAGAAUGUUGGAAUUGGCUACUGACAAGAAUUCUUCCUUGGGUAUUGCAACAAGAAUGAGAAAGGGAUCAAAUAGUUUAUCAAUGAGAACAAUUACUCAAACCAAUGGAUCAGCAAUGUCAUCAAACAAUUCAGCCGAUCUUAAAAACUCACAACAAUUAAACUCUUCACAACAAGCAUUUGCUUCGAUUAAAAUGGAUUCUGCCAUUUCAACAGCUCAGAAUGAUGAUUCAGCCGAGUCUGUCACUAUCGAGAUUCCAGAACAAGAUGAAACAAUCUCUGGUAAACCACAGGAUGAAGAAUCAUCAGUAACAUCUUACAAUGUAGCUGCCAUUAUGAUGCCAACCUCUGUUUCCAAUCCAGAUUUGAAAAUAUCAAAAUGGGAUGCAAUACCGUGGUUGGCAGUCCUUAUUAAAAGAGGAUGUGGAGGAGCUUUUUGGUUGAAUUUCACAGAGAUUGCUUCGUCUUGUUCUGGAAUCCUUAGAGUAAUAUCAGUUAAUACAAUCAUCGCAAACAACAAUUUAUCUUCCUCCUUGUACACUUUAUAUCUUUAUCAUUCAACAUACGUUCAAUUACAACAUACAGUAUUCUAUAUGAACAAUGUACUGGGCAACAAUGAUGUUAUUUAG